AAAAGCUUACAUCGCUUAUAAUUACAACUAGAACGUCUUAAACAAUUGGUAAUCUAAAUGACUUUUCUAUAAACAAAACGAGCCUUGGCUCAUGAUACUCGUACUAACGAAAUUUGGUUUUAAAAGAUGGAGCCAAAUGCAAAAAUGAAUAUUAAUAAGAAAGGCGAUAGCGAUUGGAUAUUAUGUCCCUCCAAAAGUAUACCAGGGAAAUAUUAUUAUUUUAAUGUGCGGACCGGGGAAGCUGUUUGGAGUGUGACCGAAACUGAGACUAAAACUGCUAAAGAUAUAAAUAAGAAUUAUGACCCUCUAAAACCAGUUAGUCCACCUGAAGAAAAACAAACAAUAUCAAAUAUAUAUUUUCCUAGAAAUUGUCUUGUAAACGAAUUGCAGCAAAUACAUUCAUUCGGUCAAGCGACGUUUCCUAAAUACAUAUCAAAUGUACCAAAUAUCAUUUGGACACCAAUACAGCUGCCAAUGUGUGUGGCCAAUUUAACAGAAAUUAAGAAACAAACAUUGGACCAAAUUACCCAAACAUCUGAACCUGAUCGAGAUAUGUUUGUACAAACAUGUGCAAUGCCUUUGACCCAACGUUUUGCUUUAUUUGAUAACAUUAAAACAAAUUUGGCCCUUAAUUCCAAUAUAAAUAAAUACAACAAUUGUUCAAACGAUAUGAGAUCUCGAUGUUCGACGCCAAAGAAAAAUUGGUGGAACAUAGAAAAGAUUAAUUCAGAUACUAGUAUAUGCAAAUCACAAAUUAAAAGAAAACACGAUGACUUUAAAUUCUUGUUAAGAGAACCACGAUUGAAACGAACAAGAACAUUAUCGGGAAGUCAUUUUGAACAUCGAUUUUCAAAUAAUCUUAAUUCAUCAUUCGACACCAUUGAAAAUGCGAACUUCGAUACACAACAUAAGGUUAAAAAUUCAACGACGAAUCCAGAAAUUGACGGUGCUGUCAAAGAAUUGGACCGAGGAGAUUUGCGAAUUUUGUUGCAAAUGAAGCGACGAAGAUCGAUUGAUGUCGGUACGAUGUAUAAUUUAAAUAGGCAAGAGAAUAAUGUAUCUACAGUGUCGUCGCAGAAAAAAGUGACAUUUAAUCUUGAUAAUAGUAACGACGACGAUUCCUUUACUGAUACUAAUAAGGAGCAAAGCAGAACAGCAAUACCGAUUGAAUCAUUAAAAGAUUUGAUGAAAGACGAUAUCGAAGUAUGGUAUGUUGCCGUGGACGAAGAUGUUCUGAUAGAUGACUUCAACUUUAUAAUGGAUUAUAUUAAUGGAGAUGACCACUGCAAGUUAUUGAUACCAGAAUCUAUGGUUAAAUACAUAGAGUCGUUAGGUAAAGGCGAGCAUGGUGGUCGUGAUCGUGUGAUCGUUGCGCGGCAGGUCUAUCGGCAACUUGUGACUUCGAGACAGAUACAAAUAGUUGAAGCGGAGGGCACGUCGCUUAUGGAUGAUAUAGUCAAAUGCUGUUUGCAAGUUUUGGACGAAGAUAAACAUAUAGUACUUAUAACGGAAAAUUUAGACUUGGAAAAUGUAGCGAAAGUGUAUGGAAUCGAUGUUUAUUCCUUGGAUGAUAUCAAAAAUUACAUAACUAAUUCUAAUACAAGAGAUCCCACCGGAAAUAAUACCAUAGAUAAUCUUUUCCUACAAAAUAUAAAUGAUUUUGAUCCUUUUGUUUUAAGCAAGAGCGUUAAUAAUGAGAAUAUACCCAAAAAUAAUCAAUUUAGCUAUAAUAAGAAUAUAAGUAUUAAUUUUGGCGAUGAAACAGACAGACGAGAAAUAAAUAACGAUGUUAAGGAUACUUGUAAUCGUAGACAUAUAUUUGAUACAAUAAAUAAUAUAAAUACAGAAAAUAAUUCGUCAGACGUUUGCAAUCGUAUUGAAAAAUUAAAAAUAAAUGAUGGAAAAUUGAAAGACAUAAGGAGAGUUAUUAACAAUUCUAUAUUUAUAGAUAAUUCAGAUAGAAAGAUAAGUCCCAUAACAAUGAACAGACAGACGGACAGACAGAGAGUAUGUGAUGAAAAUAACGAUGACCAAAUUGGUCUGAUAAAUAAUAUAAACAGAGAUAAUGAACAUAAAUCUAAAACUCAACCAGAAACUGAUCAAAGGAAACAAAAUUACUUGUCAAAUUUAAUCGUAAAUCUUAAACAAAAUGAGACACAUACAGAUCUACAUCAGAAUUCAGUGACCAUAGACAAUGGAAAGAAUUUAAAUAAACAAAACGGGUCAGCUGUAUCAAUAGACAAUAAUUUAGAUUAUGAACAAAGGUUGAUUGUUGAUGAUGAAGAUAUCAAAUGUAAUAUCGUCGUUAGAUUGGACGAAUGGGUUUGUUGUUACGUUCAGAUAAUGGAGGAAUUUAUUCAGAAUGUUUUGCAGAGACAUUUUAGCGAAGAAAGUGAUAUGCCGUAUUUUCUACACGAAGGUUUGGAAUUCUUAAAGGAAAUAUAUGCUAGCAAUGAAACGAUUACAGCAAUCAUUGAUAAGUUGUUAGCGCUUAAUCGACUUUUUACAACGAAAGAUAUUAAUAAAAUUAAUAUCGAACCGAAUGAUUACAUGAAGAUGUUAGAAUAUGGAUUCUUGUUGGUUGAAGCUUUCAAGAACGUUCUCACAGAAGAUUUCUCAGAAACAGAGGAAUUGUUGGUGAAAUUGCUGGAAAGUAUAGAAAAUUCAACGCUUAUCGAAGAAUUUGAACAAAUUGAAACGCCUUUACGGAGGAGCGAUGAGGAUAUAUGUUUGUUCAGGUGUAAUUUCGUCAAGAAACGAAGUGACAUUAUACGUUAUCUGAAAAAUCAUUUCGUUGAAUGGAAAAACUAUGAUGAAGUUGACGAAGACACGAUACAGGAUGAAAACACAAAUCCAAAUGUGAAAAUAUUCCGGACAUCCGGUAGAAAUCUGAAUACGUUCAAAAUUGACAACCAGAAACGAAUAUCAUUCGAAAACCCAUUAAAAGAUAAUAAUUUGAAAUCACACGAUAACACUUUCGAUAGAGAUAAAAAUCAAAGCGAUGGAGAACCAGAAUUAAACAUACCAUUACACCACGGGAAUACCUUUAGUGAUGGUAAUGAAAAAGAUGGUCCGAAAGUGAUAAGAAAUAUAAAAAUAAUAGAUAAAUUUGAAAGAAAAGUCAAUAAAUCAACACAAUUGGAUCUAGACGCUCUAGAUUAUUCAGAAAUUGUUGAUUCUUUAUCGUCGAUCAGUGAAACUAAACAUAACGGAACAAAUAUUGAGACUGUUCCACUUUAUAAUUUUAAUGACGAUGAUUUUAUGAAAGAUUUUAAUGAUAGCCUUUCAUUGAUUAAUGACGUAAACUAUAAUGAUGCAAGGAAUGAUUCAACUGUCGACAGUGGUUUCGGGAAUGAGGUACACGCUUGUACAUUGAUAAGGAGCUUCUUGUCGGAGCUGAGUACUUCGUUUAAGUUGAUUUAUAGCUUUGUAGACAAAUGCAUUAAAGAGUUCCAAGAAGACGAAUUGUCGGAUGAAACGAAAAAUCUACUUCUAUAUAAAGCGAACCAGACGCACACACACAUUGCUGACGUCAUCGAGAAGUUGAAGAGUAUUAUCGAGAGGGAGUCGGCGGAUAGUACAUUGAAAACUAUGUUCAUAAAGGCCGGAAAUGACGUCACAGAGGACAAGAGAAUGACCAGAUACAGACAAACGGUUACCAAAUGUCUGGAACAGGCGCAAGUUCUAGAAAUUUCUCUGAAGAUAAUGCUGAAUAUUACAAGCAAUGACUGCGAUAUCUCUUUAAGCAGUAGACACGGUAUAACUCAUUUUAAUAUAUUUGAAUAAAUAUAUAAUAUAUAAAAAAUUGGAACAAUAAUAUAUUAUAUUAUAUUGUAG